AUGGGUAUCCCUACUUCCAUUAAAAGGUCCCUGAGAUUGUGCGGUGAUUUUGAGUAUGCUAUGCCGGUCAUAGCGUACUACCUCAAACUGUACGUGGUGGAGGAACUGCUGGGUCUGCCGGAAAGAGACGAAGAAGUAAUUGAAAACGCGACGAAGCUCUUGAACGUGAUCGAAGAGUUCAAACAGGGCCCACAAGAUGAAGCGGUGCAGCAGCUUUUGAAAGACCAACAUAAAGCCAUGGUUUACUGUCUGAAUUUUACGUUAUCGCUGUACAACGAGCAGUUGACGAAAAUACAGACGAACAAAUUCGGGAACGAUUUGUCCAGAGCACUAUGGUGCUGCAUAGAUUUACUGACAGCUAUUUUAGUUCUGUGGGGCGAGAAGGAAGCAACAAAGGACGAAGUAGCUCAGUGCCAGAAAAGAAUCAAAAUGUGCAAAUUGUUUUUGAGUAGGAUGGCUCGUGGGGAACUAGGAGUUGAUACUGGCAAUGCGUCGUCCAUGGGAGCCAGCCAAGAGUUGUCGCCAUCACAAGUGCUCCAAAAUGAUGCAGAAGCAUUAGAUCAUGAAGAUAAUGAAGAUGACGCCAUGAAGGAAAGCGAGAAUCAAUCAUUAGCGGAUCCUGAAAAAGUUGAGAGCUUUCUAGCCAGUCUAGAACAGGAUACUGAUCUGAAUGAGGAUCUCUUUUCGACGGCGGACCCUCAACUGCAAACUUCGUCAGACAACGCUGAGAAAGAUACCACGCAGCACAACAUGGAAACGGACGAAUUGAUCCGCAAAAUGCGGGAACUAGACGCGGAACCUGCCUCACCAGAUGACAGCUCUGAGCCUGAACUGCAGCUGCCGCAGGCUCCCACAGGAAUUGACCAGCCCCCAGUUUUUCUAGAUGACGACGAAACCACUAGUCACCCCGAACAAGCGGUACAGCCCACAAUUGUAUCACAAGAACCGGUUCGUUUCAAACCCAAUGACCUCAAAUCUGCAUGGAACAGAGAAGACCAAAUUGCAGCGAUCCAAAAAAGAGCGAGAUUCGCUAUCAGUGCUUUGAAUUACGAAGAUCUCAAGACUGCAAAACGCGAAUUGACGGAAGCUCUCCAACAACUGGAGAAACUAGAAUGA